AUGGCAGAUGUAAAUUCCCCGUCGAGCGGUGGAAAGGACUGCUCUACCGCCUUAUGGUUAGGACAAGCGCUGUGCUCCCCAUACCAGAAUGACCAACGCCUCACUGCUGGAACGUCUCGCUAUGACGGAGAUUCGACCUGUGGGAAGUGGCCAACCUCUCUAUGCACCAAGGGACACCGUCUGCACGAUAUCAAAACCCUUUGCAAGGCCUGUGAUAAAAUAGACGUCACAUUACUGAAAGAGGGGGGCCCGCCAAUUACCUUGCGCGACAGCUUUUUCGACAUCCCCAAGACGUCGAAGCAAUGCAGAUUUUGCUCGCUUAUUGCCCAGUAUACGAGAGGUGUGGCGGGGACUCAGUAUGAAUCAGACUUUCGCCGCAUCUUGGGUAACAUGGACGCUGUGGAAGAUGGUGCAGUAACCCUAAGUCUGGUUGAUGGGAAGUUAAAUGUUCAGCUUCUACACCCAGAUUGGUGGAAACAAUUCAACUGCGACGUGAACGGUUGGGAUCUGGGAAGUUUCGACUUGCUAGCCGGGAAAGGUAUUUACGUGCUCAACGUCUCCCCUAGAUUUACCCACAUAGACCUCGCCGGCGAUAUGAAGGACUUCAUAAAUUUGAAUGGAGACCGCGCCUCCGACAUCCCAGCCUCCAGAAAACAAUUAUUAUGCCGCUUGGCCAGGGAGCUUGGCCGAAUAUUCAACAUGCCAGCCUGCAGACUAUGCACGACCCCGAACACAUCUUCGGGCUCCAUCAACAAUCAGUGGUACACUAAGGAUGAGCCGCCAACCCUCCCGGACCGAGUGAUUGAGAUUCUGGAUUCACCAAGUUCAGACUCCAUCAUGCUUCGUCUUCGGUCAACACAUGGUAAGCAAGCCGGGUAUUACAUUGCACUUAGCCAUCGUUGGGGUGGUGACCUUACCCUAAAGACCACUCGCGACACCCUGGCGGACCGUUUGAAGGGCUUCAGUCUAGAUGACUUGCCACGGACGUUUCAAGACGUUGUUCUUGUGGCCAAAGCCAUGGAUAUUCAGUACGUCUGGAUCGAUUCAUUGUGCAUUGUUCAAGAUCAUCGGGAGGAGUGGCUGGAGCAGUCAGCAAAAAUGGGUUCCAUAUACCUAGACUCCACCGUCACUGUAGCCGCUCACUCAGCGGGACAGUGCAAUGAAGGUUUCCUCUGGAGAAGCCAAGUACCCUCAACCCUUCGUAUAGCGCCUCAAAAAGGCGGUCCUGAGUUUCUCGUUUCAUUGCCGGACAUCGACCCUGGACAACUGCGAGCACGGUUUAUUAACAGCGAGAUAAGCCGCCGAGCAUGGAUCCUACAAGAACUUACCCUGUCGCGCAGGAUUCUGCACUUUGUGGAGGGCCAUCUUUUCUGGGAAUGCGAACACCAAUCCCCCUUACCGCAUGACCUAGGCCGAGAGACUACAGCGGAUAUGUUCCGGAAUGCCCACAAUCUACCCAAUGUGCUCACCAUGUGGCUGAAACUUGUCUCCCAAUACACCGAGUACCAGAUGACUCAAAAUGGCGAUAAGCUCGUGGCCCUUGCGGGUAUUCUCGACGUCUCGAUGAAGAGAAUUAAAGAGCCUGAAAGGAUGAACUACCACUGCGGGGUGUUCCAACAGGACCUAGAAAGGUCCUUGCUGUGGCACAAGGCUGGCGACCUUACGAUAUACCCGAAGAGAGCUCCGUCUUGGUCCUGGGCUAGUACAGAUGGCAAACUGCACUUUCUCCAUCUUGAACUUAGGGAGGUGCCAAGGACACUGAUGAAUGUGAAGGGCCUACACCAUCAAGACUACCUAAACGCCACAAUCAACCAGCCUUGCUGCCGCCUUGUGAUUGAGGCACCGGUCAUACGGAUGACUGCAUCUCUGGUGAUUGAAAAGAGGAAGCAUAUCAAGACCAGCCCAGCCAACUCACCGAGGCACAUCGUUGCUAUUAUCAAGGACUGGAUGAAUCGAAUUACCUUUGGUUGGUGUAUUCCAGAUGAUGGUCGUUCAUUGAGUGUCGGUGCGUACUCACCUGGCGAGCCCGUUUCAUUGACUUUUCUUGCUGUCUCUGGUUAUGAGAUUGAUGGGCGACUGGAGGGCGCCUGGUGUGUCAUGAUGGUUCCAGAGAUAGGGAUUAGUGGGGUGUAUAAGAGAAUUGGAAUGGGGUAUAUAAAGGAUAUGGAGAUUCUUACACCAGCUUUACAAGCUUUAGAAACAGUUACCAUAGGGUAG